GAUCAUCUGCUGUUUCCGGUGAGGCGAGGCAGAGACAGUCAGACAGACAGACUUCUGCUCGGUUUGAUAAAAACCGAAACCUGGUUAAACAUCAUACAAACCAAAGGAAACAACAAAGGGAACAAAAGGAGGAAGUUUUUUUACGGAAGGAAGAGGAUUUAUUUGAACUUCCGGUGAGGAACCGAGAGGAAAAACAAACCGCUUCGCCUCUUCAGGAUGUGAGAGAACUGCAGCAGAUAAACUUCUUCCUUCUCAGCCUCAAGAACAACAGACGAGACGCAGCGGACAAACAUGGCUCUGUUCUUCUCUGGAGCCGUCACAAGUUCCCCGAUAAAACGGCGGCUGCGUGGGAAUCACUCCUGCCACAGCCCGGACGUCUCCCUCCUGUCCCCCGACUCGUCGUACGUCUGCUACCCGUCUGCGCACGCCGGCGCCCCCUGCUGCUGCCGCCGCUCGCCGCGCCUCCUCACCAACGGUUACUAUGACGUCACAGAGGACAGCUUCUGCCUGGACGAGGACGGAAACGUGUCUCUGACCGACUGCAGGACCAGCGUGUCCUACAAGGAGAACCUGGUCAGAGUUUUCCGGCGCAGGCGGAAACCUCGCAGCGCUCUGGUUUCCCUGCUGAGCGGCGUUUCAGAGAGCUGCCAGUCAUGGCUGGACCAGAAGGUGUUCAGAGGCAUGCUGGGGACCGGACUCAGACAGGACCCGGACCCGGACCUGGACCUGGACCUGGACCCGGACCUGGACUGGGCCCGGGUCGGCCAGCAGGUGGCGUCUCCGUGUCGAUUGGAUGAGUCUCUGUGGGCGGGGCUAAACGCCGAUCUGGACGACAGACGAAGCUUCACCUACGAUCCCACCGAAACCCCGCCUCCUCCAGACAAAGAAGCCCCGCCUCCUCCUGAUGAAUUAGCCCCGCCUCCUGGGAAGAUGCUGAUCCAGGAGGAAAUCUGCUCUGAGAUCAGUCAGUCCACGCAGCGCUUCACCCAAUCACUGAGCGGCCUCUCUGAAGUCCCGCCCCCUCCGGCCUUCUACAGCUGCUGCCAGGUGGCACCUGAACCUCCAGGGCUGACGAUGAAGGCUCUCCUCAUCCUCAUCUUCAGCAUCUUCAUCAUCAGCGUCCUCUACUCAGGAUCAAACCAGAUGAUGAAGACGUUUCUUCCUUCCUGCAGCUCCUGCUGGUGGAGCGCCAUGGUAACGGCGGCCAUGUUGGCGACGAUCUCAGCCAUGAUGUUCGUGACAAAGUCGGGUCCGAUGGGCGAGUGGCGGAGAGCGAAGACGGAGGACAUCACAUCCAGGAACGAGUAGGAACCAGAACAGAACCAGGACCUGAACAGAACCAGAACCAGACAGGAUUCUGUAGAAACCUUCCUGCUGGUUUUUCCAUCAGUGUUUGAAUCCAGCUGGACAAAAAGGUGAAACUGGUUCUGAGCUCUGGAGGCUUUUAAAGCUAACCGGGUUUGAAUUCACAGAAAGAGAAACAAUCAUGGCUGACGAGAGAGAAAAGUCAUCAGGAAUCAAUAAUCAGUAAUCAAUAAUCUGACUUUUACCAGCAGAUGAAGAAUAAAAACUGCUGUUGGUUUUAAAAUGGCUGAAGGAGCUCAGAGUCGCAGAGAGAACCGUUCGGUUAGCUUAGCAUCGCAGAGAGCUGCAAAGCUUCACAUCAUGUUUAAAAUAUACAGAAAAAAAUCAUCAACUGGGAAUUUCUGUGGAA